AGCUUAUUAAUAUUAAUGAGACGCAGUUGUGCGACUCCAGUACGCAUGCCCUCCCCCCGCGACACUGCUGCUUCCAACAACAAGCAAGAAGCCAGCAACAUGGCCGACCUAGGAAAGAAGUACUGCGUGAACUGCCUUGCAGACGUUACAAAUCUGAGACUUCGCUGUACUGACUGCCCAGAUAUCGAACUGUGUCCGGAAUGCUUCUCCGCGGGUGCAGAAAUCGGUAAUCAUCGGCGAUGGCACGGUUAUCAGCAAGUCGACGGCGGGCGCUUCACACUCUGGGGUCCCGAAGCGGAGGGAGGAUGGACUAGCAGGGAAGAGCAGUCGCUACUCGAUGCGAUCGAGCAAUAUGGCUUUGGAAACUGGGAGGACAUGGCCACUCACGUGGGGGCGUCUCGGACCCCCCAGGAAGUCAUGGACCACUACGUCACAAUGUACAUUCACGGCAACCUGGGCAAGGCCUGCGUCCCCGAAAGUAUCCCCAACCGGGUAACGGACCACACCUGCCCCAGCGGUGCCCCCCUGUCCCCCAGCCUCACCACCCCCCUGCCCCCGCUGGACGUGACCCUGGGCGAGCAGCAGCAGCUGGGCUAUAUGCCCCUUCGCGACGACUACGAAAUUGAGUAUGACCAGGAGGCAGAGAAGCUCAUCAGCGGCCUGUCGGUCAACUACGACGAUGAAGACGUGGAGAUUGAAAUGAAGCGGGCGCACGUGGACAUGUACGUGCGCAAGCUGCGGGAGCGUCAGCGCCGCAAGAAUGUGGCCCGCGACUACAACCUGGUGCCCGUCUUCCUUGGGCGAGAUAAGAAGGACAAGGAGAAGCCAGGCACGCUGGGAGUUGUAGGUGGCGGUGGUAGUGGUGGCGCCGUCGGAGUUGGAGGAGGAGUAGUGGGGACCCUUCUGAUGCUGACCAAUCCCAUUGUGACGCCGGGAGCUGCAGCCGUUCCUACAGUGCCAAAGCGUAAGAUCACCAAGGAGGAGAAGGAGCAGCGGGUCAAGUUACGGGGGAUGUGCCAGUUCAUGGCUCUGCGGGAGUUUGAGGACUUCUUUGACAACAUGCACAAGGAGCGCAUGCUGCGUGUCAAGGUACGAGAGCUGCAACGAUACCGCCGUAACGGCAUCGCGCGACUGGACGAGUCGGCCGAGUACGAGUCGGCGCGGCACAAACGGGAGAAACGCAAGGAGAACAAGAGCGUGGCUACCUCCAAAACAGGCCGAGGCGGCGGGCUCGGCACCGGGGGAGGAGGGGGAGGGCUUGGAGGAGGGGCGUUAGGUGGAGGAGCGGGCGGUGGCGUCAUCAAAGAGGAGGGCAAGGAAGGCGAGUUUCCGGCCAUUGAGAACCUGUCCGGCUUUGAACUGCUGUCGGACCGGGAGAAGAUGCUGUGUAACACGCUCAACCUCAGCCCCACGCGCUACCUUACCGUCAAGACCAUCAUCAUCAAGGACCACCUUCAGAAGCGCCAGGGCAUCACCUCCAAGAGCCGCCUGCCAGGCUACCUGGACAAGGUGCUCAAGAAACGCAUCCUCAGCUUCCUCACAGAGAGCGGCUGGAUAUCCCGAGACGUAUCCUAACAGUCCAUCGGGUUUGUAGGAACUGGACUGGGAAGUGUCCUAACAAUGUGUGUAUGGCGUUUGUGGGGACUGAGGAUCAUAGAAGGAUCAUGACUCUGUUCUCCGUUGGAUUGAUGCGUCUCGGUGUGUCUUGUUAGAUGUGAGAUUUUGCACUCGUAAGCUCCACAUAGACAAAACUAUUGGAUUUUACCAACUUUUAUCUCAUUUUGUCCAACGUCGUCGACCACAGGACUGUUUGUGAAUAUGUACAUUGCAAAGAAUAAGGAUUUCCCCUUUCUUAAAAAAAAUUCAAGUUUGGAUACCAUUUACAGGAGAGUGAUGAACAGAUAUAUAUUUUUGCAUUUGAAUCAUAUGAAUGAUAAUGUAUUCGUAUGGGUAGAUGAUACAGGGUCUCUGUAUUGAAACUCCAGUGAAGGAUCGCCUAAUGCUGCUGGGCAAACCAGACAACACUGUUUUCAAAGCUGUUCUCAAAGUAUAAAUUGUUACGUAUCGUUUGCCUCCAGCUUCCUUUUAGCCUGGUCCCAAAUUAGUUGGUGCUGUCUAGCCAACUCCUAUGGUCAUUGACCAGACAACACCAACAGAUCUGGGACCAGGCUAGCUUCCUUUAGGUCAGGAUGUCGUUUUUGGAGAGCACAAGUUAGUGCCUAUUCAAACAGCAAUACAGUCACACUGUGCUGGAACGCAGGGGGCAUAUCAUCCUAUUCUUCCCAUGAAGAGAUGAAGGCCGGCAAAAGCAUACAGGAGUCAGUAUUUGGCAGCCAGCGCUCUCGUAGAGUACCGCAGUAAUCUCCAUUUUGACUCUUGUAGCGGUCUACCUUAGGAUGUCAGGCUCGGAAUUUGGCACUAUGAGAGGAAUAGCCUAACCUCUCACUAUUCUGUUCCAUCCCCCUGCACGAUUUCUGAUUCUAGUAGGCUAUUCACUAAGAAAGAUAUAAACUUUUAAACGUUUAAAUAUGGGCAUUAACCAAUGACAUACGUACAAUCCUUAAGCACAAAUCAAAAAUCUCUUGUUUGCCAAAUGAGCAUAUAGGCUAUCACUAGUUUUUUUUACUACCCUGUUCCAUCACAGGUAACGUUUGCCAGCCCCUUGGUUUGGAUGUUGUGUUAACUGUGUGAUGGCCUGUCAGACUGAAUAUGUGGUGCAUGAUUAUUGUCUUAUCACCGGUUGCUUGCUGUUUUUGUUUGCCAGUGUUUCACUUAUCCAAAGGGAGUAAAGUCAAAUUUAAAUGUUUUGAAGACCUGCUACAUUUGCUCAAUCUAACUUCCUGGUUCAUAUUUUUGUUUUGUUUUACAGUCACAGCAUUCAUAUAGGCUACAUCACAUGGCCUUGCAAGUACAAUAUCAAAGGGCAGGAAUAAUCUGGUAGAGUAAAGGGACGAAUGCCUCAGAAAAGCUUGGUUGCUAUUAGACAUUGAUGUUUUCCAUUGACAUCAAAUGUGUCUGUUCCCAGCACAGGUACUUUGAAGUGUCCACUGGCACUUUAUCUUUCUGAUGUCCAGUUAGCCUGUUUAAAAUGGAAAAGGUGAACUACUGCAGGGAUAUAGAGGUGGCGUGGGUGUAUAGAAACAGUGUUGAGGAGUAUCAAGUUUGACGCUGGGAAGUAGAUGUAAUGAUCGCAUACCAAUGGAGGCUGGUCGGAGGAGCCUGUCCUCCUAUAGCUCCUCCCACCAGGCUCCUCUGUCACACGUAUAGGCCUUGGUGGCAUCCCCAUCAUAGUAUAUUUAUCAUACCACAGAAGUAAUAAAAGCAAUAUUUUAUUUAUGCUUCCCCAUAAGCUUGAAAGUAUCCAUACACUGACAAGGCCCCUGGGUUCUCGCAUCGCCUACCUGAAGAUUUCUAUUUGUCGCAACAACCGGCACGGUUUACAAUCAAAGACUACGUAGAUAUCUCCUUAUCUGGUUUAAAGAGAAAACAACUGUUUUUGAACCAUAACGGCAUCGUCUAUGAUUUCUUUUCAAUUUCCUCUGCGGUGCCGAGGGCUUUUGUGCGUGUCGAUCAGAGAGGUGGCAGGAGAGCGCCAUUUAAAUGGAAAUUGAGUUUUGAAUGGGCAUCGGUUGACGGGGAGAGUUGGAAUACAAAAGUGGGGCUGAGGCUGGGAGAGCGAGGGGUGGGCGUAAGAAGUAGUGGAGUGUUCAAGCUCGAUCUCUGUCAAAGCAUUAAGAUUUAGUUUUGUGCUGCUGCUUGUUCUAUUUUCCUCCCUCCGCCUCUCCCUGUCCAUGUACUGGCUCUUGGUGCUUUUUUACUGAUAGGGAUUUUGCCAUAAAACUAAAGCCCCAUUCCUCACUGCUGUUGCUGCUGCGGGGAGCCAGUUGCCCUGCGUUCAGAGGUGGAGCAGGCUGGUCAGCCCAGUGUUAUGUUGAUUAGAGAACAAAAAAUAAUAAUUUCUUAUUGGACAAGGCCAGGUAGUCCCUCCCUGUUUCACCCUAUUGUCUUCCGUUUGGUGCCUACUUCUAAAGUUGACCGUGCCUAUUAUCAGUCUCUCAUUUCAUUUCCUGUCAAAGCUAGUAGCGAACUACUUCAACCAUUGUCAUUGUAAAAAGUUCAAAGACAUGAAUACACACAGCCUGCUUCCCAUAGCCUUGUUUAAUAAUCAGGGUGUGACAUUGCUGUGCCAAACCAUUUUACCUAUGGCACAGAUUUUAUGACCAAGGGAAACACUCACAGUUGAGCUAAAGCUUCCCAUCAGUAGAUGGCAUUCUGAAUUGUUUCAGCCUCUUUUUCAUGUUCAAAAGCGAACAUAUUUUAUAGGUGGUUGAAAUUACACUUUUGUUGUUCUAUGAAACAUCAUUACCAUUUGAUACGAGCAUACGGGAGUGUUUUGCGUGUUUUUGCAUGUGAAGCCAAGUGUUUUAAAUGAUGUUAACAGUACAUUAUGGUUAAAUGGCUUGAUUGAAAAUGAUUUCCAUUUGAAUUGUUUCUAAACAUCAAGACUUUUCUAUGAGGGCGAGGAGAAAGGUUUUAUUUUGUUUCUGUGGAAUUUUUAGCAAAAAUAUUUUACCAAAUGUACAUGAUUUUUUUGUAAGAAAUUGAAAAUGAACAUAUUAAUACUGACCUGUGAAAUGUACAGUAUUUUAUUUCAGUAACUUUUUUAUAACUUUAAAAGAUAAAACAAAUCUUAAACAUGCGAGUGAGAACCAUUCGAAGCCUUUUGCGUGUGUUGUCGUAGCAUGCUGUUAAACUGUUCAUGUGUAUCAGUAGUAUGCUUAGGAAGUCAAAGCGUUUGUUGACAACUCAGUGGUUGAAAAUGUUGAGGGGGAAUUUUUGAAGGCCCAUUCUUUGUGGUUGCACAGGAUGUUUUGUAUUAAAAGUGCAAAUACUUUAUA